UACCAACGGAGGAAGAAUAUAAGAAUAUAGAGACAAAGAACGCGAGAAGAGAACAGACGCAACGUCGAACAUCGCGUCGCACGUCCCAGAGUAAAAGUGUCUCGAUUUUAUCGUUGAACUGUAACGGUAUCGAACGAUUGUUGUGGAAUAAAAAUAUUAACAACGACGAAUCGCAUACUCCCUCUCGUGGUACGGCGAAUCGCUAGUUUACCGACCGUCGUACCUACGACGCAAACAGACGCACGUGGUUGAUUUUUCUGGUGUAGGUUAUCUGGCAAAAGAGAAUUGUUUGCUGCGAUGAAUGUGAAAAAUAUGAUUUUUAAAGAUUAAAAUGCGGAAUGACACGUAUGUAUACGUUUAAUUUGUUUUGUUGAAAUGAUAUAUAAAAUUAUACAAGAUGACAAACGUAAUGAAUACCAAUUUGCAAAGUGAAAGAUCAUACAGAAGUGAUAUCGAGGAAAGAAAGAAGGAAAAAGAGAACAAUUGCUUGAUAGAUUUUGAACGUGUUAGUGAUAAUAUCGAUGAUGCAAAUAUGCUCAAAAGAAAGCUGAGUUUGGAAGCUGCUGACGGUGCUAAACUGCGUAAAAAACAAAAAAAAGAAAAUAUAAAUUCACUUGUAAAUGAUACAACCGAUGAAGAAUAUGCAAGAACUACGAAGGAACGUGAAGAGAAAACGCUUCAAGAUUCUCGAGAAACCAACGACAAAGAUGAAAAGAAGAAGGAAGAUGAAAUAGAUACGAACAAACGGAUAGAAUAUUUGGAUGGAAGAAUUUUUAAAGAAAGCUUCGAUUCUGUAAAUGGCUCGGAUAUGUUAAAAAAAUUUGUAAAAAUCUGCAAUGAAAACGAGAAAAGAGAUUUUGCAGCGGAAUACCUAGAUGCGGGUGGUAAUAUUUUGGAAGUAAUGAAAUUUUUAACUGCGGAAAAAAAAGGAAUUCGCGAUGCUGUUACUGUAUUUUCUGCGUUAAAAAUAUUAUUGAUAAAAAUAUUAUCGCAGUAUCCGCGGUAUCGAUCCAGCGCAGAAGCAGCGUGUCGUCGUUUGAUCAAUUCGCAUUUAUCAAUGAUUCAUUCGAUGUUGUCUGCACGAAGUAACGCGAAACAACAAAAAGUAGUCUUGCAACUACUCGCUGCGAUAGUUUCGUUUGGUGGAAAUCUUCCACGCGAGAUACUCGCUCAUUUGUCUUUGCCAAUGGAAGUUGUUAGAUCUCUUGUGCAACGUACAAAACCUACGGAUGACCGAGAUACAAGGAAUUGUUUCAUUCAUUUUAUCCUGGCUUUCUUGAUAGAUGGAACUACGCCAAUUAUCAGAACUUUUUUAGAUAAACGUGAUUUGUUUUAUAGUAUAUUUCCUGAUUUGAUAUAUGAUUCUAAAGAUAUCGUUGUGUUAGUUUUAACUACUUUUAAAAUUCAUAUUCUUCGAAAUCCGAAUAUCAGUAAAACUAUCAAGUUACAACUAUUUCCAAUAUCAGUUGUUCAAAAUAUUGUGAAUCUCUACGAUUGGAAAGGUCCAAGUAACUGUCCAAAACUCAAAAGUCGGAGUUUUACUUCAGACUCGCAAAAUGUUGAAGAGAAACAGAUAGUUGUUGAAGUUGUACAUGAUGUUUUAAUUUUAUUGUUAACAUCGCGUCGAUAUGGUAUUGUUUUUCAAGAUCAUAUGCUUGGUACUUCGCGUAUAAAACGUAAUCACGUGAUAGAUACGAUACUUCAAACUAUGGACAGACCUUGGGAACAUGAAAAACCGUUAAAUUUGGUAAUUAAAAUAAUGACAGCGUGUCCUGAUUUGAUCAAAGCACAAUUUAUUCGUUUGGAACCGUACGUCGAACCUAGGGUUUCAUCGAAAUGGAUCGAAGCGAUGAAAUUUGUAAAACAGAUAGUACAAGCAACGGAUGUAGAUACUUGUAUGAAGACGUGUUCGUUGGAAUUAAACGUAUCGCAAUUAGCAAAUGCAGUAUUAUCUAUAACUUUGCCAGAGAUAAUUUUGGAGCAAGCAAUUAUACCAUCUUUGUCUUGUUCUAAUGUAAUAAUACAGCAUGAAGCAAUACUUACGCUUACGUGCAUGCUUCGUCAGCUGCAAAAGUAUUUGUCAAUGUUAAAAACAGUUUACGAGGAAGAUACUGAUUUCUGCACUUUUAAGAAUUGUGUGAUGGAAUACACGAUGAAGAAUGUACCCAAUGUAAAUACGGUCUUGAAUAUAUGGAGCGAUGCUUUCGAUCCACAGACAAGUCCGGUUGAAGACAACGAUAAUGAUAUGGAGUAUAUUUUAGAACCGAAAAAGUAUGAAUACUUGACGGUUAUUUUAAAUUUAUUGCACAUGUACAACGAAAUAUGUCCAAAAUUAUUAGAUACAUCGACCGAUAUACCAUCUGAUACAUUUUUAAAUACAUUGAAUAAAUUGGAAGGAGAUAUCAGCGUUGAUGAAUUUAAUGCCGUAAAAGCAAAAGCUAUUCAAUUUUUAGUUAUAUUGGAACCUUGUAAAUUUUUACCGCAUAAGAAAAUAUUUAACGACGUAUUGUCAUUUUUAAUAUCUGCUUUGAACGAAGAAACAUCUUCAACUACGUUAUGCGUAAAAGGGACAAUCAGAGUUUUGUUAAAUGCCACUGGAAUGUUUGAAGGCUGUAGCGACCAUUUAGAUAUUUGGAUUAACGGUUUCACAAGUUUAGACGAUAGAAAGAAAUUGAGAAGAUGGUUUAUUUGUACCGUGAAGAAAACUGCUAAAGACAUCGAAAAAUAUGCGAAUGAAAUAAUUAGAGCUGAAAAAGUUAUUAAUGAAGAAGUGGUUCGUGUUGGCAAAUUGCAGGACAUAUUUAAUGAGCUUGCAGAAAAGCCUGCUGUUUGCAAAAAUUUGAAAAAUAAUAUUUUGCCCAUGCAACGUUUCACAUCGAUAUCGCCUCUUUUAUGUUGCAUGUUACGCGAAAUGAAGGAAGAUUCACAUCCUUCGAUAUUGUCUUAUUUGUCUUACGUUUUGAUACACACGUUGCAUUGUCAAGUAAUGCCUCGAUGUUUGAUACAGUUGACUAAAGAUAUACCAAAAUCACCGGUAAAAGAAUAUUUAUCAAGUUGGUUGGAGGACGAUCGAUCUGUUUGUAUCGAAAACAUAGUUCCUUCGAUGACUUUGGUAUGUAAAUUAAAUUCGGCGCUUUUGAAUGAUGUCAAAUUGCGCGUGGAUCAAAUAUUUGACGGUAACGAUAUAGUUACUUUUCAGUAUAAUAAGGAGACUAUAACGAUUCGUCAUUCCUUAUCGAGCUAUGAAAUUAUAUAUUUGUUUAAAAUGACUAUAUUCUAUUUAGUGCAACACGCUAAAAAAAGUGUUUUGACAAAGAUACAAUUUGAUAAUUAUAAAUAUUUUUUAACAUUAUUAUUGCACAUUGCAAAGGGUAGUUUAAACAGCUUUGCUCUUUUGGAAGAAUGUGCAAAAUCGAUUUUUACUCAUCCUACUAUUUUAUAUUAUUUUUCUCCAGUUUAUCAAAGAAAAAAAAUUGUAAGAAGUAUGAUUACUCUUAUAGUUACUGAUAUUUGUAGCGUAUUGAUUGAUUUGCAUAAAAGAUAUAAUACUGGAAAUCUAUUUGUUCAUUUCAAAAAUAAGUUACUCGCAGAACUGUGUAAAAUGAUAGACAAAAGACAAAAAGAUGGAAAAAUAAAUAGUUUCGAUACGAUUGUUACCUUGUUGGAGGUGUUACGGCCAACGUCGAAAGAUAUUGUACAUUUAUUGAAGAAAAUAGUAAAAUUGGAGGAUGUUGCGUUUAUCUCGAGCGAUAAAAAAUGUUUAUCGAUAUAUGGACGUACAGUUCCUAAACUUUUAGAAAUCAUUAAUGCCAAUGAAAUGAAAUCUGAGCGAAAUGUAUUUCUCGAGUUGGACGCGGAAUUUGUUAGAAAUUUGUGUUCGCGUUUACUUUUUUUAAAAUUGAAUUUAAUUGCCAAUUUUGAAAUAUGGGAAACAGCUUUGUGCAAGUAUCUUUCAAAUUUUUCAUUCAAUAUUGGUGGUAUCGAUGCAGAUAUUUUCUCAUCAUUGUUAUCAACGAAAAUUACGGACGCAACUGUAAAUUUAAUUUCAUUUCUAAUUAGGAGAAAUGUAAAGUUUAUACCUAUUUUUAUAGAAUAUAUAAAAAAUUCGAAAAAUAUGGAAAAAGGUAACAUCGUGUUACCGAUAGUUGCGAGUAAUUUAAAUUUUAAAUGGAAUCAAGAUUUCUUACGAAGUUUGAAAAAACAUUACAAAGUUGAAAUUGUAUCGUAUUUGUGUGAUCCUAAAAAUGCAAAAUCUUGGAUAGAAAGAAAUGAUAUUGCAAUUUGUUAUUUAAUUAAAACUACAUUCAAGCCUAAGAUGUGCAAUGAUAUUUGUAAUAUGAUUUUACAAACUGGUGAUAAAUUGGAUUCAGUAUCUAUAUACUACGUAAAAAUUCUUCAAAGUAUGUACGACAAAUCUGCUGUCGGCUUAGAAACGGAGAGCGAAAAACUUAUCAUGAAUUUAAUACAAAUUUUUCUUCGUAUAAUUACUGUGACUUUGAAAGAGGAGUCUAAGAAUGUUCAAAAACUUUGUAUCCUCUGUGAGGUAUUAAACGAUGCUGUUAAACGUUUAAGAGAGAAAAGAAACAUUUUUGAAUUUGAAGCAUUAAGCACCGAUCGUUCGUGGUUGCAAUUUACACGAUUUUGUUUAAAAUUUGGGCUCAAAGGAUCGAAAAAAGAUAAGGAAAGGAUAGUACCAAUAAUAAAAACUUUAAGCAUUUUAUGCGAUAUUGCAUAUAGAAAUAACAGUGACAAUGAACAUGUCAAAACUUUGUUUGAGAUGGCAACUUCUCAUUCCGAAUUUAUUAAUGUUAUGUUGGAAUCGUCGAGUACUAAAAGGGAUUUAAUAGAAUUGUUAUGGAUUCUCGUACAAAAAAAUAAAGAAAUCAUGUCAUUGGCACAUGUACCUGUUUAUUUAGCUGCGUAUAAUGCUACUUUGAGCGAAGCUGAUCAAUUUAUUUUAUUUAUUUUGCAGUACUACGAAAGUAAUAAAAUCAAUGUUUGCAAAUAUCAGCCAUAUGUCUGGGGAAAUAUGGCCACAACGUAUUACAGCGUGAAAAGUGAAAUACAUAUGAGUUUAUGGAGGCAACCGUCUGUUAUGCAAGUUUUAAAUUUGUUUGAAGAAGACAUGGUAAACAAUACUAUAAAGGAAUAUCCUGUGGAUAGAGAUUUGAAGGACACUGAAUUAUAUAGAGCGAAUGAUGUAUACGACCCAGCAUUUUAUUUACCGUUGUUAUAUUUUUUAUUAUCGGAAAAUAAUGUUGUACCGUGUUAUAAAGUUGCUCAAAGUGGUGCACUAGCAUUGACAUUUGCUGCAUGUAGCAGCAAGCAUUCUAAUGUUCGAAUGAUAGCUUAUACGAUUAUUGCAAGAUAUUAUACUCACUUGGAAGCUUCUAGUUCUAAAACGAGACUAUUAUGGAUGCGAUUGAUAGAUGCAUUGCGUUACGGUAUUAUAUCGCAACAAUCAGAACUUGAUAAUACACGUAUAAAUUGUUUAGUUUCUACGUUCUUGGCAAGGACGUCUUUGAUUACCACGCAACCAUUGCAUCCUCUUUAUUCGGUUUUACAGAUAUUUCUGGUAGCUAAACCAGCAUUAGAUAUAAACACGAUACCCGAAUUGUUGCAACUUUUACAUAGUUCUGAUGUGGAGCAUAAAAUACACAGAUGUUGGAUUUUAGAAAAUAUUCGCGAUAGUAUGAAAUCAGAGGCUGAGUUGGACGUAGCUCUCAAAUGUGUUUUGUUUAAAAUGCUUUUUGAUUUUUAUAUUUCUAGUCUUUCAGAUUCAAGUACGAAGAAACUUAUUUUGGAAGUCGUUGAUGUCGCGUUAAAUAUUAGGAAAGCCUCUAUACUUUUUAUAGAGUGCUAUGGAAUAUUGCCCUGGUUAUUAGAAGUUUCAAGUAACUUGCACAAAGAAGAGAUAGAAAAUUUGGAAUUAGUAGUAAAAAUGAUGGACAAACUUCUAAAUACUAUAUUGAAUAUGAAAGACGAUAUCGCCCAUUACAAAUUAAUGCUUUUAAACAUUGCAUUGUGUUUGAAAUCACGUUUGGUUACAGAUAUCAGAAUUGGAAUUUUCAUAUUGUAUAUCAAUGUUUUGCAAAAAUUACUACUCUCGAGACAUAUGAAAAUAAUUGUCACCAAAGAACAUAUACUAGAAAUUGUUGAGUUCUCGAAAAAGAUAUUAGAUGAUAUAGAGGAAUGCGAUGACAUGCUACGUUUCGGUUGUGAAUACGUAACUAAAAUAGAUUGUUCAAAAGAUGACGAUGAAAUUCAAAUAGCAAGAAAUAGUUUGAGAACAUUAGUAUGGACUAGCCAGAAGAGAUUCAAUUACUUCUUGGAUAAAAUGUGUGUACAAAAACGUCUGCAUCCGGAUCUCUGAACUUUCCUUGAUGGUGCCUCAGUACUAUUGUAACACGAAGAAUGUCCAAUUUUCCAGAGGCUGCGCGACCAUUCUUGUAUUCUUUCAUUUGCGGCAGAACAAAGUGCUUUCUUUGCAAAUCUCUGCGUGAUAACGUUACCGUUUUCGAUGUCGCGCCAUCGUUCAAUUCGUCCAUGGCACGCCUUGCUUCUGCAUGUGUCAAAGUAACAUGGGCAACGUUGUCUUGAUCGGUUCUGCUUAAGAAACCAGAUUUCUUUGAUAAUGUUGUCAGAGAAUAGUUUUCAACGCUAUCUGUUGGCCCUGUAGCAUUUAUAUUGGACGCGUGACCCCUCGGAUGACCGUAAUCCUUGCACUUGUGACAAAUAAUAUUCUGCGAAUUGUCAAGAAUGAUACGGGCUGACUUUGGCGAUGCGCCGACGUAUCGAGCACCGCCUAUCAUCAGUGAUCUCCCGUCAUUGUUGUUCGUGGCAAAUUUAUUUAUUUGGCUAAUCAAAUGUCCCGUGUUCUUCGUUAGAAAGUCAAUGGUAUUUGUUUUUAGAUCGUUCGUGUUCUUCCCAGUUUGAGCAGCGAUCACUGAAAACAGACAUGCGUUUAAAUCCAAUUCAACAUUAACAGGAUCUUUAUCGUCCAAUAACGUCCAGUGUCCUAUAGGAUCGGGUAACUGAGCAUGAUACUCUAUAUCGAUAAAAUUCUCGGUUAAAUUUCGAUUCGUUUGAUCAUUUAUCGUUUGAUGCAAGCAUUUCGAUCUCCAUAUACGAAUAGGCUUCCCUGUUAUAGUACUUAUGGCGUUUAUGUGCAUUAAAUUCCCCGGUCCGUAAUUUUUCAAAUCGUUGACCAGAUAUUUAGCUAGUUUUACUUUCCACGAUUGCUUGCUUUUUAUGUUCUCGUACCUACCGGCGUUCGAUCGUCCGCGAUUUAAACGUAUUUCCCUGUCGCGCUGUUUUUGAUCUUCGGAGUCAUCGUUAUUCGUCGGAUUUACAAUUCCGGGCAUUACCUCUUGCCCCUUGUCGUAAUUUUAAAAUUUUCACCGCAUCUCGAUUGCUUUCUUAUUCGAACGUUCGUCUCUCGUUCUUUCGUCCAACUUCAUUAUCUUUUUCCUUCCUCCCUCGUAAAAUGGAACGAGAUGCUUGCAUGAAUUCUCUAACGAAAUAAUUAAACCGGUAACAUUAAUUGAGGAGGAUUGAACAAUCCGAGGAGGAAGAAAAACGUUAAAAUUAAACGGACGUUUAUCGAUGAGAAAUUAUUUGUCCAGAUAGAAUCAAACGGCAUGUAACAGGUUGUUGGAAAAGUAAAGAAUUAGAAAUUAAAAAGAGUUUUAUAGAGUUUAGAAAAGUAAAGAAUUAGGUUGUUGGAAAGCAAAGAAGAAUUAUAGUAUACGCGAGGAAGUACCUGAUGUAAAAGCAGCACAUUCUGAAGAUUUGUAUCUGCCAUCAUUUUGUUAACAAUAUAUUCGGAAUUUCGAAUUUUGCGCCAGGUAUUUGUGGAUGCAGUUACAUUUCAAAUUUUCGGUUUAAUCUUCGUCCUUGUUUCUGCUAUGCUCGUUUUUUUUUUUUUUUU